CUGGGGUGCUGCGUCCCAGGCAGAGGUGACACCUCAUCCAAGGGUCUUAUCUUCCCAGUUUGGGAUGCUGCUCCCAAGAAGCUUAUGUGGGGAAGCCCAGCUGUGGGUCCCCGAGGGAAGCCACUUUGCUGAAAGGCGCAGGAGAACUUUGGCAAGGUGCCAUACCCGGCCAGGACUGGGUGUGUGCACAAGCUCCAUGCUGGGGUGGCCCUGAGGAGGCUUGACCUGGCUUUGCAGCCAGCUGGGGCAGAGCAGUGCCCUGCCCCCAAGGGAGCAUCCUCGGCCCCUCCCUUGGGGCCGGCAGAGACUGCGGGGCCAGGCUGACGCAGGGGAGGGGUGGCCGCUGGGCAGCGGGUGGACCUCGGGCUCUAAUCCCCAGCAGCUGCCGUUUCCCUCAGAUCGAUUCUCUUCUCACUUUUUUUUUCAGCUGCUGGUUCCGAGGCUUGGAUCGAUGGAGCCGCCUCCCCCGCCCCUCAGAGCUUCCUCUCCCUGCUGCUCAUUAGCGCCCCGAUUAAUCAGCCCCCCCUUUCCUCCAGGGGACAAGUGCUUCCUUCCCCACAAGGGCUCACACGCACAUACCGGCCCCACAGAGCACAGUGCCUCCUUCCUGCCACCCCUGCCCUGGGGGCACCGAUGCAUCUCCUCUGCCCAGUCGAAAGGCUCUCCACCCCUGUCAGUGACAACAGGCCACAGGCCGCCUGCCCCUCCACAAGGAGACAGGAGCCCCCAGGGCUGCCAGGCGCCUCUCUCCCAGGUGACAGGGCACCUCGUAUCACCAUCACCGUCAUCAUCAUCCAUGUCCUUGGCACAGCGUCCCCUCCCGGUGAAGCCAGCACUUCUUCCUGCUCCCUCCAUACCUCUAUCUGGACUCUCCCCCGCUUUCCACUCCCUCUCCCCUACUUUUGAGACCUCCCGUUCUCUCCCUGGCCUGCCCCUGCUCCCAAGUCUGGUUGUGGCAGGGGCCUUGGGGAACAUUUGGCGAAGCAAAGUGGCAUCGGACAUGCAAGUCAGCCACAGCGCCCUCUGUCCCAGUGGCAGGAGCGGCUGAGAGAGGCUAAGGGCGAAGUGAGGGAGAGAGAGGAAGCUUCCGGAGGGGGCAGGGGCAUGGUGGGCACUGAAGUUGGCAGCGAAGCUCUAGAGAAGCCUAGAAUCUUGCUGGGGUCGUGGCUGCGGCUGUGCCCUAAUCUGUCUUGCCUGCCCUCUUCCCCCUUCCCUUCCUUCAUUCAAACAAGUGGCUCUCAAGGAGUUUCUGGAAGCUGCUUGUGGUAAGUGGGGUAGUGGGAUCCGGCGGCACUGGAGUCAGGUGUCAGGGAGGCUAGGAGGUGGGGGACAGAGUUGCUUGACCCUUAUGGGUGUGGUCCAGAAGAGUAGCAAAGAGGAGGCUGAAUACUCUGGGUGCAGCACUCUUCCCUGGUGUCCUGGGAGUGGGCCAUCUGCCCCCCCAGUGGCUAGGGUGUAGCGAGAGUUUGGGGGGCAGUUCCAAUACUGGGAUCCCUGCCCUGAGCCAGGGGGUUUUCCCCUCUCCUGGCCUGGCUCCUGCCGCCCGUGCCGCCGGUGAAACGCUGUUGACAUGUCCUGAAUUAUUAAGCAUGGGGUGGGCUCCGGAGCACAUGCUGAGCGGAGCGGCUGGGGCUGCGCGGCGUGGCGGAGCAGCGCUCGCUCCCUCGCUCACUCUCGCAGGGACACACGCAGGGGCUGACAGCUGUGCUGGUGCUGAUAAGGGAAGCCACAAGGAGACGAUCGAGGAGAGAGACAAGCGGCAGCAGAGGCAGCAGCGGCAGAGGCAGCACCAGGGCUUCGGAGCUGCUGGGAGUGGGAGUGACGCCCCCACCUCAGGCCCCCACCCUGUCCCCGUCUUCCUCCCGCUUGCCCUGAGUUUAGAAGAGCAGCCGCUGCCACCACCGCCACUCCGGAGGGCACCAGGGCUGCCGGCCAGGGAGGGACAGGGCAGGGAGGCUCUGGCCAGUCCCAGCAGCCGGGGACAGAUGCCGAUCGAGAUUGUGUGCAAAAUCAAAUUUGCUGAGGAGGAUGCGAAACCCAAGGAGAAGGAGGCAGGGGAUGAGCAGAGCCUCCUCGGGGCUGCUCAGGGGGCAGCAGCCCCCCGGGACCUGGCUACCUUUGCCAGCACCAGCACUCUACACGGGCUGGGCCGGGCCUGUGGCCCAGGCCCCCAUGGACUGCGCAGAACCCUGUGGGCGCUGGCCCUACUCACCUCGCUGGUUGCCUUCCUGUACCAGGCAGUCGGCCUGGCCCGGGGCUACCUGACCCGGCCUCACCUGGUGGCAAUGGACCCCGCUGCCCCAGCCCCAGUGGCGGGCUUCCCAGCCGUCACCCUCUGCAAUAUCAACCGCUUCCGGCAUUCGGCGCUCAGCGAUGCUGACAUCUUCCACCUGGCCAAUCUGACAGGGCUGCCCCCCAAAGACCGGGAUGGGCACCGUGCAGCUGGCCUGCGCUACCCGGAGCCCGACAUGGUAGAUAUCCUCAACCGCACCGGCCACCAGCUCGCUGACAUGCUCAAGAGCUGCAACUUCAGUGGGCACCACUGCUCCGCCAGCAACUUCUCUGUGGUGUAUACUCGUUAUGGGAAAUGUUACACCUUCAACGCAGAUCCACAGAGCUCACUGCCCAGCCGGGCAGGGGGCAUGGGCAGUGGCCUGGAGAUCAUGCUGGACAUCCAACAGGAGGAGUACCUGCCCAUCUGGAGGGAGACAAACGAGACGUCAUUUGAAGCAGGCAUCCGGGUGCAGAUCCACAGCCAGGAGGAGCCACCCUACAUCCACCAGCUGGGGUUUGGCGUGUCCCCAGGCUUCCAGACGUUUGUGUCCUGUCAGGAGCAGCGGCUGACCUAUCUACCCCAGCCCUGGGGCAACUGCCGGACAGAGAGCGAACUCGGGGAGCCUGAGCUGCAGGGCUACUCAGCGUACAGUGUGUCUGCCUGCCGGCUGCGCUGUGAAAAAGAGGCCGUGCUCCAGCGCUGCCACUGCCGGAUGGUGCACAUGCCAGAUUCCCUAAGUGGGAGCUCAGAGGGGCCGUGCUUCUGCCCUACCCCCUGCAACUUGACUCGUUAUGGGAAAGAAAUCUCCAUGGUCAAGAUCCCCAACAGGGGCUCAGCCCGAUACCUUGCAAGGAAGUACAACCGCAAUGAGACUUACAUACGGGAGAACUUCCUGGUCCUGGAUGUCUUUUUUGAGGCCCUGACCUCUGAAGCUAUGGAGCAGCGAGCAGCUUAUGGCCUGUCAGCCUUGCUGGGAGACCUCGGGGGACAGAUGGGCCUGUUCAUCGGGGCCAGCAUCCUUACACUGCUGGAGAUCCUGGACUACAUCUAUGAGGUAUCCUGGGACCGACUGAAGCGGGUGUGGCGGAGGCCUAAGACGCCCCUGAGGACCUCCUCUGGGGGCAUCUCUACUCUGGGGCUGCAGGAGCUGAAGGAGCAGAGUCCCUGUCCAAGCCGGGGCUGUGCUGAGGGUGGGGGCGCCAGCAGCCUGCUCCCUAACCACCACCACCCCCACGGCCCCCCAGGAGGCCUCUUUGAAGACUUUGCUUGCUAGGAUGGUGCUGUGUCAGAAAGGACCCAGGAGUCUGGGACCCUCCCUGGAUCCCCAGCUUCUCUCCUGCUCAUAGGACAGGAAGCCUGGAGCAGUCCAGGGCUGAGGCAAGAGGGUGGUGCUCACUCCCGGGCCAGCACUCAGCUCUGGCUCACUGACCUUUGUCCCAGCUGCUCUGCACAAGGGUCCUCCUUGUCCAGACUCUCCACCCCCAGGCUGGUACCAAGGAGGGCUGGAGACCAGACUAUGGGCCCCUGUAGAGGGGAAGGAGGGACCGAGAGAGGGAGGUGGAGCUGGAGCCCACCCCAGCGGGACGGAACUCUGUACAUUUGUAUAUACUAGGGAGGACGGGGUGGGGGUGGGGUGCAGAUGUAGAGGGCGGGUGGGGACGCAGGGUGGGUGAUUUAGGGAAAGCCAGGAUCCCAGCUAAACGUCAGUAGGAGAGGGAGAGCCCCUAGGACUCAGGCGUGCUGGGCUGAUCCUACUUUCCCCUCUCCAGGGCCAGCUCCCCUCUUGGCAGGGGGAGUGGGUGGCCCAGCAGGUCUGGCCCAGCUCCCAGUUCCCCCUGCACCAACCCCACUCCAAGUCCCUUCCACAGGGAGCAGCCAGGCCUUUCAGAUCUUGGCUGAGCUUGGGGGAUGGAAAAGGAGACUCCUCAGGCCUCUCCCCUUCCCGACUGGUUUUAUAAAGUGUUGACGAAACUAGGAAUAAAGAGGCAUAAAGAA